CUCAUCCUUUCCCACCUCUCUCUCUCAUCCAAAAACUUCACUUCACUUUCUCUCUCCACACUAACUAACCUCUCUCUCUCCUCACUAAUCUCCCCCUUUCUCUCACUCUCUCUCUCUCUACUAUUCUUAUUUUUCAGUUUCUUCCCAAACGCAAACUCCAUUUCCAUGGAAACGCCGUCCGAAUUCUUCCAAGCCUCUUUCUACGCCCCCCAAUUCUCCGCCGAUAAGCACCGGCAGCUUCCCGCCGACGCGAAGAAUGCCGGCGGGGACCAUUUCAUCGUCGAGGACCUCCUCGACUUUCCCAGCGACGAGGGCAUGCUCGCCGAGGGUGCGAUUGACGACGCCGCCGCCGCAGCUGCCGUCGCUGGCGGAGCCUCCACGGAUUCCUCCACCGCCACCGCGUUUGACGCCUCCUGCAACUCCUCCUUCUCUGGCGGUGCUCACGACGUCCAAUUCGCCGCUGACUUGAGCUGCCGGAAUCUCGCCGACGGGCCCUUCGCCGGUGAAUUUUGUGUCCCGUAUGAAGACAUGGCUGAGCUUGAAUGGCUAUCAAACUUUGUGGAGGAAUCGUUUUCGAGCGGGGAAGAAUUGCAGAAGCUGCAGCUUAUGUCCGGUAUGAAGACCCGGCCCGAGGACUCGUCCGACCCGCACCGUUUCCAGCCCGAACCCAACCCGGACUCAAUCCCCUUCAGGCCCGAAAACAUUUCCGUGCCCGCCAAGGCCCGCAGCAAACGCUCACGCGCCGCCCCCGUGAACUGGACGUCCCGCCUCCUGGUCGUCUCUCCUCCCGUCUCCGCCUCCUCGUCCUCCGAAUCCGACAACCCGUCGAGCAUCGGGAAGAAGACGGUGAAGGCGGCGUCCUUUAAGAAGAAGGAAGCGCCGCCAACCGCGGCGGCUUCAGCGGCGGCCGGCGCGAUGAACAACAACAGCGAGGGGCGGAAGUGCCUGCACUGCGCGACGGACAAGACGCCGCAGUGGCGGACGGGGCCGAUGGGGCCGAAGACGCUGUGCAACGCGUGCGGGGUGAGGUACAAGUCGGGGCGGCUGGUACCGGAGUACCGGCCGGCGGCGAGCCCGACGUUCAUGCUGACGAAGCACUCGAAUUCGCACCGGAAGGUUCUGGAGAUCCGGCGGCAGAAGGAGCUAGUCCGGGCCCAGCACCAGCAACAGUUCAUCCAUCAGAAGAUGAUGUUUGACGUGUCCAACGCCGAUGAUUACCUGAUCCAUCAUCAUAUUGGGCCCCACUUCCGGCAGAUGAUCUAGUGAGAGCAGGCGUACCUUAGUACGGUAGGGAGAGCAGCCCGUCUUAAUUAAACAAAUUUCACCCGCCCUUGUUUUCUUUUUAGUUUUUCUUUUUUAAUUUUAUUAUACUCCGUAGGAAUUAAAUUAAAUUAAUUUUCUCGAGUUUGCAUUCGUAGCUUAUCGAAUUUUGUAGUACUUUUUUUUUAUUACUAAUUUGAAUAUUCUCGUCGAAUCAUAUUUGGCGGACAAUACAACUAGUGAGUUUUAGUUUUAAAUUUUUAAAUAAAAGAAGCAAAAAUAUGUAUGUGGGAUGCAACUAGACAUGGCCAAAAUAUGGAAGUGAUGUAAUGC